AUGGAGGAGGCCUGCGAGAUCGCGCGCCUGCCGGAGGAGCUCGUCUCGGCGGCGCUGGCCCGCACGUCCCCGCGCGACGCCUGCCGGGCCGCGGCGGUGUCCCCGGCCUUCCGCGACGCGGCCGACUCCGACGCCGUCUGGGCCCGCUUCCUGCCCCCCGGCGGCCUCCCGCCGCUCGCCGACGGGGAGCUGGCCGGCCCCGCCCCGCCCUCCUCCAAGAAGGAGCUCUUCCUCCGCCUCUCCGCCGGCCCCGCCCUCCUCCAGGACAGGACGCAGAGUAUGUGGCUGGACAGGGAGACCGGCGCCAAGUGCUACAUGCUGUCCGCCAGGAACCUCUUCAUCGUGUGGGGCGACACGCCGCAGUACUGGACCUGGAUCCCGCUCGAGGACUCCAGGUUCUCCGAAGGUGCUCAACUCAUGCAUGUUUGCUGGUUCGAGAUCCGCGGGAAGAUACAUAGCAGCAUGCUCUCCCAGUACACGACCUAUGCCGCCUACAUGGUCUUCAAGACGACCGAUAAUUUCUAUGGGCUGGAUUUUCCAGUCCAGGAGGCAUCGAUCAGCGCCGGAGCAACCAACUCAACCCGCAAGGUUUGCCUCCAAGGUAAUGAUGACGACGACGGCGAGGGUGGGGUGCCCGAGAACUACCGGCCGAUGGUUCCCUUUCCGCGGCUAAGACUCAGGAGAAGGAACCGCCGCGUAGUAUCCCACGAAGAGAAUGUCACGCUCCCACAGCAAAGGGCCGACGGGUGGAUGGAGCUGGAGCUGGGCGAGUUCCUCAACGAGGGGGUCGACGACGGCGAGGUGUCCAUCAGCCUGGUGGAGACGAAAGGCGGGAACUGGAAGAGCGGCCUCAUCGUGCAGGGCAUCGAGAUCAGACGGAAGAAAUCGGGCUGA